GAUACAAAUAUAAAAACCGAUAUUCAUUUGGCUAGCAGAGCCAGUUUACCGUCGCUACCAUUUACGUCCACAUCGCUACCAUUUGUGUCACACUUUCGCUGCAGUAAAGACAGCAAUAUGAUUGUUUCAGUUUUGUAUCAUUGUGCCGUGUUACUAUUCGUGGCUAGUCUAGUUCAAGCAAGUCAGCGGAUUUCACAAGUCAAAUGCUCCGAGUAUCGCAACCAGACGAUAAUCAUUUCCAUAGCUAUCCCACUGGUUCUGAAUCCAACGCCAGUAGAGUUCCGAGGAUUCAACUGCUCCAGCUCGGUAAGUUUGAUUGUCGGUGGAGAAGAGGCCAAGGAAGGUGAGUUCCCGCAUCAAGCGCUGUUAGGCUGGCGGGUUGCCGAUAAGCCGGAGAAACCGGACUUCCGCUGCGGUGGAUCUUUGAUAAGCGACUGGUUUGUGCUGACGGCGGCACACUGUUCCCGAUACGGUCGACCCGAUUUUGUUCGAUUGGGCGAAAUCGAUCUUCGCGAGGAGUACGACAACCAAGUCGAUAUCGAUGUCGAGUAUUUUAGGCGCCAUCUGAAUUAUCGCUUCGCCACUUCCUACGACGACAUCGCUCUGAUAAAGCUCAAACAGCAAGUGACAUUCUCGCAGUUCAUUCUACCGGCCUGCUUGUGGACUGCGUUCGAUGUGAAUGCUACUGCCGUGAUCGCGACCGGUUUCGGAAAUACUGAGUUUGGUGACACAGAGCUGCACAAGUCGGACACACUUCGAAAGGUCCAACUGGAUUUACUCGACAGGAAAGAAUGUGCGGAUCAGUUUUUAGGACUACGAAAUUUCGAUCGAGGCAUCGCAGAUGAACAGCUAUGCAUUGGAAGCAAACGAGGAGGAAAGGACACCUGCCAGGGCGAUUCCGGUGGACCGGUCCAAGUAAUAACGGAACCAAAAGGUUGUAUCUACUACGUAGUGGGUGUUACUUCUGCUGGAUCAUCUUGUGGAGAGGGGCGAUCACCAUCGGUCUACACCCGAGUUUCCAGUUACAUCGAUUGGAUCGAGAGUAUCGUGUGGAAAUGAAAGGGAUCUUAUGAACUCAUUGAAAUUUCUAUGAGGUGAUGGAACCGUUAUCUAAAAAUAUAAGCUUAUUUUUUCAAACUGGA